UUUAAAAACUUUGUCCUGCUUAUAAGUAGAGUCGUUAUCCUGUUGGAGUCGAUCAAGUUGAUAAAUGUUUGGAAUUAUUUUGUUUGAGUUGGUUUAGGAAUCUUUCCUUAAUUGAUGAAUGGAAUAGUUCUAUUGUGCUGGUCUUAUGUUAGAAAGCUUCCCCUACCUUUGAAGCGGUCUCCACCUGGUGAAUAGGCUCCUCAAUUACCUGAACUUGAUCUAUGCUCCCAAAUUCCUGUUACAAAAUGAAUAACAGAUAGAAAAAACCCAAAGCAACCAGAUGAACCAAAAGACAAUCAAAACUGCAAACUGAACAAACGCCUGACACAAUCUUUUGCACCUUCACAACCUUAUUGAAGGGAUUUUUAAAAUGGAGGAAGAACAGAAUUUAUCUAAGUUUGCCAGUGAUGGAGAGCUGGACAAGAAAGGAAAUCCAGCAGACAAGUCUAAGACUGGUGGAUGGUCUGCAGCUUCCAUUAUUUUAGGAGCGGAACUUUCAGAGAGAAUGUGUGUCAUAGGCAUAUCAUCAAACCUGGUUACUUACUUGGUUGGGAAGUUGCAUCUUUCAAAUGCAGACGCAGCAAAUGUUGUCACUAAUUUUAUGGGAACCCUGUAUCUGUUAUGCUUAUUUGGAGGAUUUAUAGCAGACUCGUUGCUUGGCCGUUUCAAGACAAUUGCAAUAUUUGGCACAAUUCAAGCUCUGGGAGUUGGUUUACUGGCCUUUUCGACCUCACUACCAAGUUUGCAACCUCCAGCAUGCAAAGAUAGCCACCAGUUUUGUAUUCAAGCGAGUGGGAGAAUGAUGGCCUUUCUCUAUGCCUCUCUUUAUAUCACUGCUUUUGGUGUAGGAGGGGUGAAAUCCAACGUUUCAGGAUUUGGGUCAGACCAGUUUGACAAUGAGGAUCCCAAGGAACAGAGAAAAAUGAUCUAUUUCUUCAACAGAUUCUAUUUCUGCAUCAGCAUUGGCUCCUUGUGUGCAGUCACAGUGUUAGUGUACAUACAGGACAAUAUAGGAAGAGGGUGGGGAUAUGGAAUCCCUGCAGGGAGCAUGAUUUUGGCAGUGGCACUAUUGCUUGGGGGCUCAUACAUAUAUAGAUACAGAAAACCUGGAGGAAGCCCUCUCACACAAAUAGCCCAAGUCCUUGUUGCAGCAUGGAGAAAUAGGAGAAUGAGUUUGCCUCCUGAUCCAAGUCUCCUCAAUCAGGAUGGAUAUGCCAACACCAUGGAUCCUACCAAAAGAAGAAACCUUCACACCAACCAAUUCCUGUGCCUAGACAAGGCCGCCAUAUUGGAUCCGGACAUGGUCGAAAGUUCAAAAAGUGGCCCAUGGAAGAUGGCCACUGUAACUCGGGUGGAAGAAGUCAAGAUGGUACUCAGAUUGCUGCCUAUUUGGUCUACUUGCAUCAUGUUCUGGACAGUCUACUCCCAGAUGACAACAUUCUCAGUAGAGCAAGCCGAUACCAUGGACAGAAGAAUCGGAUCCUUCAAGAUUCCAGCAGCUUCCUUGCAAAUAUUUUUAGUAGGAAGCAUUAUGCUCUUCACGAUUUUAAGUGAGAAGGUCAUCGUUCCCUACUUGAGGCGCUUGACAGGAAAGGCGUAUGGAAUCAGCAGCCUUCAGAGGAUAUCUGUGGGUCUGGUUUUAUCAAUAGUUGCCAUGUUGGCAGCUGCUUUAGUGGAGAAGAAACGCCUGGAUACAGCAAAACAAUAUGGACUGACCCAAAAGCGAAAUGCUACUCUUCCGAUCAGUGUGUAUUGGUUAGUCCCACAGUUUUUCCUGGUGGGUGCAGGGGAAGCCUUUGCCUAUGUUGGUCAGCUUGAAUUCUUCAUCAAGGAAUCUCCAGUCACUAUGAAAUCAAUGAGCACGGGCCUUUUUCUGAGCACACUUUCUCUGGGCUUCUACUGGAGCAGCCUCUUGGUCACCAUGGUCAAUAAGGUCACCAAACAUGGGAAGAACAGGGGUUGGCUUCCAAGCAACCUGAACAUUGGAAGAUUAGAUUACUUCUAUUGGCUUCUUGCAGUUUUGAGUGUCAUCAACCUUGCAAUAUUCUUCUUGUUUGCCCGCUGGUAUAAGUACAAAGAGGAAUGGGGAAGCAAUGGAGAGGAUCGGAACUCAUCCAAUAUGAAGGAAUUGAACACAAGUCUGGAGAAAACAAAAACUGAAGAGCUUGAAGUUUAUGUAGAUGUCCUGAGUCAUACAAAAUUGUAAAAGUUUUCUGUAUCAUCGGAAAUAAGUUCUGAAGAAAAUGUAGCUGCAGAAAAGUUAUUUCUGCAAUAUCUUCAAGGAUAAGCAGCGAUUUUUCACGCUACAGACUAGCCAUCAGGGUCAUAGGGUCUUAAUGGGAGCAUAAAGUAGGGACUUCUUAAGUUUUCCAUGUAAAAAUAAUGUUCAGUUUUUUACCUCUCUGGAUGAGAAUACUUAUCUACACCAUUAGACAACAUCUUUAAGAGGUAAACGCUCAUCAUCUAGCAGUCGAAACAGAAACAUAGAAGCACAUAUGAAGUAUGCAAGGUCCGUGUAAGAUCAAAUAGAAGUUGAAGACGGAAUAGCUCUGUUGUGCCAGGUGUUUUAAUCACAAAAAAUUUCAUUGCAAUUCUUAGGCUAUUGUCCUGGGGACUUGUUUUCAGAUUAAUAGGCCAACUGAUUGUUCUCAAUGUUUCCAACUGAGUAGAAGAUGAUCGAAGAUGGACUGUGUUUUCAGUUAA